UUAGUUUCCUUUUAAAGUUCUGAGGAGAAACAUGAGAUAUUUUGUAUACCUUUUAUUUAUUAUUUUUAUAAUAAUAUAUAAUGGAUCAAGGAGUGGAUCUGAGAAAUCAAAAGAAGAAAUAGAGGAGGAAAAGGAAAAGGAGGCAAAAUGGCAACUUAAAUAUAACACGGAGUACUACAGUUCCUCAUGUAUGGGUUUGGUUAAGCUCCAAAAACUGGAAAAUGAAUUCAUGAAAAAUUUUACCCUCUACACUGAUGAUUUGCAGGAAAAAGUUAACACCUUAAACCUUUAUCUUGAUUCAUUGAAGCGACCCAAACACUUAACUCAGAAAGAAAGAGAGAAGUUUGUAUCUAAUCCCAUAAACUCCUUUGGAUUGAUAAGGAGACUCCACCAGGAUUGGAUUAAAUUGCAGAAUUAUGUAUAUUCCCCUGUAGGAAUGGAAAGGCUUGAUCAAAUGGAAGCCAUUGUGAAAAAAGCACCCGAGGCCUAUGACAUGAAUGAGGCCCAAAUAUCUAUCAGUCGCAUUGAAACCACUUACGAAUUGAAAGUAAAUGAUUUGGCCAAUGGUAUUAUUUACAACGAGGAUUACAGAUCUGAGAUGGGAGUUAGAGAUUUCUUUGCUUUAGCUCAACAUAGAUUUAAAACCGGCGAUUACAAUAGAUCCUUAGAGUGGCUUGAGGAGGCUCGGCAGUACAAGUCUCUGGAGAACCAAAAUAACACCAAUAAGAUCCUGGGUGAUCCUUGGGAAGAGUUUGCUCGCUCCAUAAUAAUGCAUAAUAUUUCUCUGGAAAAUCCAUCCCUGAAUAAUGAAACUAUUUACAAACAAGCGAGCAACAAGUUGAAAGUUUCAGAACCUAAAGAAAUAGACAAAGUUGUUUACUCACUGCUGACUCAAUGGAAAGAAGAAAGCCACAAUGCGACCAAUAGCACAGAACCGUCUUUAAUUGCACAUUAUACUGGAUGUCGAAAUCAAUUUCCAAAACAAAAUAAUCUUGUUUGUCGAUACAACGCCACCACUACACCAUUUCUGAAAUUGGCUCCCCUGAAGUUGGAGGAAGUAAGCCUGGAUCCCUACAUUGUUCUUUACCAUAAUGUAAUAUCUGAUAGGGAAAUUGAAGAAAUGAAAGGUCUAAUUGAUGAAAUGGAUAAUGGUUGGACGGAUUUGAAUGAAAGCAGGGAAAUCGUAAGCCGUCUUGUUUGGUUAACCAAGGAAUCAAGAUUUAGGAAACGCUUGAACCUGCGUAUCAGAGACAUCACAGGAUUUAAUGUUGAUGAAAUUCGUGGACUCCAAAUAGCCAAUUUUGGUGUGGGUGGACAAUUCAAGCCGCACUAUGAUUAUUUCACGGAGCGCAUUUUAAGAUUGAAUAAUACUAUACUGGGAGAUCGAAUAGCUAGCAUUAUCUUUUAUGUUGGCGAUGUUGUCCAUGGUGGUCAGACAGUAUUUCCAGAUAUUCAAAUAGCCGUAAAGCCUCAAAAGGGGAGUAGCUUAUUUUGGUUCAAUACAUUUGAUGAUGCAACUCCAGAUCCCAGAUCUUUGCACUCCGUUUGCCCUGUUUUGAUUGGUGACCGAUGGACCAUAACUAAAUGGUUGCAUUAUGAGCCCCAACUAUUUGUGAAGCCCUGCUAUCCAAAGAUCAGAGAAUAAUAUAUGACGUGUACUUUGAAUUUAAACCAUGAAUAAAUAAAUUAAAGGCAUGAUA